AUGGAGCCGCCUGUGGGGCGUGAGAGGAGCAGUAAGCACGGGAAUACCAGCGACAUGCUGGCUCCAAGUUCACCACAGCUUCAAACGAGGUGGCUAGAGGCGUGGCGCACAACCAGCGACUGUACACGGGGCGCUUUGGGCCUCCUUUGUGCGCUCGAGCCACUCAUGACGAAUCUCCAUCGUGCCCGUGAGGUUAGUGUGGCACACUUGUACGGUGGCGGAGGCAAGCGUGCCAGUCGUAUGCUUCGUGAAAAAAGUAGUCACUCCCACAGUAGCGGUCAACCUGAGUAUGGACCCAAUAGCUCCAACAUGCAGUCUGUGGACUUUGAGAGAGGAGCCACCCCAUUGUCGCACGGCACAGGUGGUGUCAGGCUAACACCGGCCCACACGCCAAACGACCACAGUGAGGAUGGGCGAGGCUCAACUCCUGUUCCGCCUAUCGACGGCUUUUCAAUGUUUGUUCGUCGGUGGGAAUCGCAAGCCGCCGUGGCCGUUGCUGAGGGUGGCGAAAGCAGACGACGGAGGCGACAAAAUCGUGUGGACAGUGACGACGAGGCCCUUGACGAUGACGACAAUGAAGGGCUGCCGGUGGCUUCGGAAACAGCGCGCCCCGCAGACUCCAACCGGCGUCUUCGAUCGGGUUUCGGGGCUCCUCGUGUCAAACAGUUAGGUGAACUUGCCAGUGGGAAAGCAAAGCAAGAAGAAGAGGAGGAUGAAGAAGAGGAACCAGAAGAGGAUGAGGAGGAUGAAGAAUAUGAACUUGGCAGUGAGGCGAAUUUUGGCGAGGACGGCCAUCUCGCCUGCGUUCCAGGCGAUGUGCUACACAACCGCUACGCUUUGGUGCGCCAGUUGGGCUGUGGAUGCAGGAGCCGUGUGUGGCUUGCUGUUGACUUGAACCAGUGCUCCGUUACGCGUCGUCAACUUGUGCGGGAAUUGGACGAACAACAGGUGCGUAGAUACUUUACUGCGCUGGAUCGGCCGCUAUUCGUUGCCAUAAAGGUGUUCCGCUGCGGUGUGGUAUUCACUCAGGCAGCUGAACACGAGACGCUAAUGUUGAUGUAUAUAAAGGAGUGCAAGAAAGUGAGACAGUUGCAACGGCUUGUAUCGACCCCUUCUUCCAGAGCCCUAUCGCGUGAGGUGUCAGCUGUAAGCCCACCGCGUGAGCCGGCCCAAGACGGUGCGCUUACUACACUCUCUGACGGCAGCCGCUCGCCUACAAGUCACUGCCAGAGCAAUAGUGAAGAGACGAUGUGGUUACCUUCAGCUGAGCGUGUCAUCUCCAUUCGAGAAUGCUUCAAACACCACGGGCCAUUUGGUCUGCAUCAUUGUGUCGUCAUGGAUGUGAUGGGUGCCUCGGUGAGUGCUCUCAUGAAAGAAGCAGGUCCUCAUGGCGUACCAGAAAACGUCGCCCGUGGCAUUGUUCACUCGACGCUAGAGGGCUUAGCGCUUCUUGCGUCCAUACACGUCAUCCACACCGAUAUCAAGCCUGAUAAUCUUCUCUGUGUAGAGCUCGAGGAAGAUGUCGCCAACGAUGUGGAGGCGUUCCUCAUGUACCACUUUGACAUGCCGGUGCCAACUGGCCUAGAUGGGCGGGCAGUGCGCCGCAGCGUGGCGGCAGAGGACUCCUCGAUGAAUCAGAGUCAGGAAAGCUACUUUGUGUCGGCACAGACCAGUUUGAAGGACGUUGUCGAUACACCACGCACAGCGCGUAGUCGAAGCUCCUGUGGUACCGCUCGGCGACUCUUUAGGGCCCAACAUCACUGGGGUUCCCGCGCCGAGGCACCGUACUCUGUUCAGCUUGCCGACUUUGGUCUGUCCUUCAUUGUUCCACCCGAUUUACGUCACUUUCACUGCACAAAGACUUAUGACGGUGCAGAGUGCAGCGGAGCCCAGGAAGGGGUUGCAGAGGACACGGUGUCGAACCCCAGCAAACUUCUAAACGGCGAUAGUUUUUUGGCCGCCUCUACCUUGUUGAGCAACGCAGUCGCAAGCGUAGGGGUGAUGUCCAGUGCCGCCAAUCCAUUUCAAGACGUUACUCUUUCCUCGAAGCCUUUGACUUCUUCCGGCUGCGCUACUAGUGGAGUGAGUGAAUUGGAGCAAGAAAUUUUGUCUCGGCAAAACUUUGGACGGGGCCUGGCUCUACAAUCACGGGAAUACCGAUCCCCAGAAAUCAUUCUCGGCAGAGAAUGNUAUACUGCCAUUGACAUCUGGUCUAUUGGGUGUAUUACGUUUGAACUUGUCUGUGGUCGUCUUCUUUUUGACCCUGUGCGUGACUUUUCGGAGGCUGAAGAACGCAACGAGAGGGCAGAGGAGCAACAGAAACAGCGUGAUCAGAAUUUCACAACUUCCCCUGAGUUCAAUGAGUGUGAGGGAAAGGAUGCAGAUGCGGCUCAUGAUAGUGAUGAGACAAAACAUGCUAUUGCUGCCUUGGGCCCUAACCACUUUGUUGAACGCGAGAAGAACGUGGACGUUUGCCACCUACGUGCCAUGAUUCUUCUUCUAGGUGCUCCGAAUCCACGCUACAUUACCUCUUCCCCCACGGGUGAGUGUGUAAAGGAUUUUUUUGAUGACAAUGGCGAGUUUCUAUUCCUCACUGACGAUGAAAGAGCACAACUGUAUGACUGUGAGGGUAAACAAUGUCGUACUUGCUCUUUCAGCGCGCCGACACGCGUUGUUGAGUGCGAGAGAGGUGCCUCCGAAGAUGAAACAAACUUACCGAGGCACUCUACGGCGUCUGCUGCUACCUGCGCCCGCUGCCGUGUCACUCCGUUGUGGCUGAAGGUGCGGCAUGAGAUUGAGGAGCGACUUGGGGCGGAGGACGGAGCCGUGUUUGAGGGAUUCUUGCUAAAGUGCCUUCAGUGGGACCCGUCUCGACGCAGCACCGCACACGCUUUGCGGAAGGAUGCGUGGGUGACUGGUGCGGAGGACGUUGUGACCACUGUGGAGGGCUGA